GCCAUAUCAGCCAACACUCUCACCCGACGAGUCCUCAUACCCAACGAAGACAUAACCGAAAGCGCUUCAUGCGAAGUACAGACUGGCUCACCAGAAUACAUUGAUUGGGGUUGGGGCAUUGGGAAUAUAAGAGGGCACAACACUGCACAGGCUGUGGAUGCGACCGGCCGGUGAGACGAUUCCACGUGGUGAUACAUAUAUCAACAUAUAGAUGUAAGAACGGCCUCUAAUGCGUUUGAGUAGUUGUUGUAGGCGCGAUACUGUCUUUCUCUCGAUGCUGCGGGGGGGAGGAAAUCUGGGUAUCAGUGUAUGGCUUGGAAGGGGAUUUGCUUCGAGUAGCACCGCUAAGCCAACCACUGUCAACCUGAGGACGGCUGGGCCCCCAUAUCCAUAUCCAUAUCCAUAUCUCGAAGUGCACCCAAGGACUUAAUAACUGGGAAUUCUGAGAUGGCAUCGACAAUGGACUCCCACAUACCUCAACAUGAAGACCUAAACAUGAUGGGAUUGCACGAGUUGGACUCGCAUCUAAUGGAAUUUGAAUCGGCCUUGGAGAUGGACUCGUCUACGCCGGGUGCCAUGUCCAACUUUGCUUACGAGGAUGCUAUGUCAACAAUAGACAUUCCAUCUACCACGAUAACAGUCGAUUCUCCGAGAGAGAAGUGGGCAAAGAAAGGCCCGCCCGAAAUCCUUUUACAGGGCCACGGUGCACAGUCAAGGUCGGUUCUCCACCAUAUCUUUCUAUAUCUUUCUGGUAACCACCAUCGUCCCUUCCACAUGACUUGGAAAGACUUGAGAAGACUUAAUACCUCUCCAUAUCAAUUCUGAGAUUGCCCUUCAAUCAACUCUAUUAACUCACAGACUUUAGAGCCGAGCCCAUAUCCGAGUCCACGGCAAUAUCAGGUGGCAAAAUCCAUCUUAGGCCGGAAAGCGCUCGCGAUUCUAUGGCCUCUUCCAUGACUACAGACCUUGAUGAUGCUUCAUCAGCCCUCUCUUCGAUAUCCAGUAAAGCGACAUCUCCUACAGAGUUUGAUGCAAGCUCCAAGGAAUCUGGGAACGGAACUUCUUCAGCUGCAGCUCGAAAACCACGCCAGAAAUACGAGGUUCGCCCGAAAGUCUCCAUACCAACAGAUCUCACAACAUCAGAAUACGCAAGACAAUGUAUAUCGGCUGCUGAGUCGUCACGCCUGAAUCCAUAUGGGAUGCAUACAGAGGAAUAUUCACUGCUACGAAAACACCUAACGCCCCAACAAGUUACUACGUACUUGAAUAUAAGAAAUGGCAUUCUGAGACUGUGGACGAGAAAUCCCCUCAUUGGUGUUAUGCGGGAUGAAGCAAUUGGCUGUGCCAAAGAUCCUCGAUGGUUCGAUGUUGCGAGCAUAUGCCAUGAGUGGCUUGUGCGACGUGGCUACAUCAACUUUGGUUGUUUGGAACAUCGAGAAGCUACCGCAGAGAAGAAAAAGCCGAGAACAGUCAAGCGCGAAAGAAAGACCGUUGCCGUGAUUGGAGCUGGCAUGUCUGGCUUAGGUUGUGCAAGGCAACUUGAAGGCCUCUUCUCCGAAUUCGAAGCUCGAUUUCGAGAAAUGGGCGAAGAUCCACCACGUGUAAUUGUCUUGGAAGGACGAGACAGAAUCGGUGGAAGAGUUUACUCGCGACCUUUCCGAGCGAAACCAGCAUUUCCAACACUCAGUUACGGAAGUCGGCAUACGGCAGAGAUGGGAGGCAUGAUCAUUACUGGCUUUGAUCGCGGAAACCCUCUAAAUAUUAUUGUCAGAGGUCAGUUGGCUUUGCCUUAUCAUGCCUUGAGACCAGAUACGACUAUUUAUGAUGCUACAGGGAAACCUGUAGAUGCUCAUCGUGAUCAAUGUGCGGAAAGAUUGUUCAAUUACAUUCUUGAUCGCGUCAGCGAGUACAAGUUCAAACUCCCAACACCACCGACUAUCGAUGGAGACAGAGCUCUUCUUGACGCAGGUCGAGAUACUAGCGGGGAGGGAUCCAAAACCAUCAGUGAGAUUGAAGACAAUCCACCAGCUGCUACCGUUCAGACAGCCAAAACUCAGACAAACGAGGAACAAUUGAUCCCUGUAUCUUCAGACAGACUGACUGGCAGAGCCCAUCUCGAGCUCGGAUUACAUGCGGUUCAUACGGCAGCUUACAAGGCAAAAGAAAUCGGUUGGCUUUUACGACCUGGCGUGGGUAUUGAGCACGACUUGGAUCUCGAAAAUGCCGUCAACUCAAAGUAUGCGACGCUUGGCUCCGUUUUUGACGAAGCGAUCCGCCAAUACACGAGGAUUGUUGACUUCACCCCUCUUGAUUUACGACUCAUCAACUGGCAUGUAGCAAAUUUGGAAUACAGUAACGCCAUCACAUGUAAUAAACUAAGUUUGGGAGGCUGGGAUCUUGAUGCUGGUAAUGAGUGGGAGGGCAAGCACACGAUGGUAACAGGAGGCUAUCAGCAAGUCCCAAGAGGACUCCUCAACUGCCCCCAACCUCUGACUGUGCGAAAGAAGAGCAAAGUUAACAAGAUCACCUACAGUCUCGAGCCUGGCAACACGCCGUCCAGUAUCGAGUGCGAGGACGGAGAAAUUAUCGAAGCUGAUUAUAUUGUGUCAUCAAUGCCACUAGGCGUAUUGAAACAGCAGAAAAUCGCAUUCCAGCCUCCUCUACCACACUGGAAACAAGGAGCUGUCGAACGAAUCGGAUAUGGUGUGUUGAACAAAGUGGUUCUGGUGUAUCGUGAAGCAUUCUGGGACCAAAGUCGAGACAUCUUUGGAACUUUGCGCAAUCCAACCGAUCGAUUCAGUUUGGAUCAAACGCAUUACUACACACAAAGAGGCCGUCUAUUUCAAUGGUUCAAUUGUAGCAAUACAACCGGCCUACCGACACUACUCGCUCUUAUGGCUGGUGAUGCGGCAUUUCAAACGGAGAAAGAGUCGAACGAGGCAAUCAUUGCGGAAGCAACCUCUGUCCUGAAGACUGUUUUCCCUCAUGUACCACCAGCGAAACUAUCUCCGCUGGAGGCCGUAAUUACACGAUGGGGUCAAGAUGAGUUUUCGCGAGGCAGUUACUCCUACACGGGACCAAACUUCCAGCCUGAUGACUACGAAACAAUGGCUCGUCCUGUUGGCAACCUCUUUUUCGCAGGCGAGCACACUUGCGGCACUCAUCCAGCCACUGUUCACGGAGCUUACAUAUCUGGCCUGAGAGCUGCAUCUGAAGUUUUGGAAUCUAUGAUUGGUCCAAUUGAAAUACCCGAGCCCCUUGUCCUACCAAAGGACCCUUCGUCCAAACGAAAAUCCGAGGCCCUGGAGACCCCCAAAGACCCUAAAAAAGCUCGCCUUGAAGCUUAUGAGAUUGAGGUUUGGAAUGCGAUAUGGCUAAAAUUCGGUGAUCGACCUUGGAAGCCUGAAAACAAAUAUGCCAAUCCAUAUCGCAUGUACAGCAAAGAAAAUUGGGACGAGGCAAAGAGAAAAUGCGAGGAAGGAAGAAGACCGGGAAAGGGAAAACCCAUUUCCAACGAGGUCAAGAAGAUGGUGACUAAGAUGUGGAAAGAAGCCUCGGAGGAGGAAAAGAAGCCUUAUAACGACCGAGCUGAUGCGCAAAAAGCUGCUCAUGCUGCUGCGGUCGCAGAAUACAAUAUCAAAGCAGCGAAAUGGGAUCAAGAAGCCAUCGCUUUUCGUGCUGAAUAUGUAGCAGCCCAUCCAUACGUUCCGGGCCCUGACGAGGAGAGCUCAGCGAGGAAACAGAGACGAGCGAAGCGUGUUAGUGGCUAUGCUGAACAUUCCGGCUCCGAAAUGGAAGCUUAAGUCGGUCGCAUAUGGAGUUUUAAUCAACGUAACGGUGCAUUAUCAGGGCAGGAAAUGGUGUUUAUGGCCAUUGCAGGUGGGAAGGUUAGCUGGCAUUGAAGCAUCGCUGAAAAAUUAUUUGCAUGUAGCUAUGUAAUGAGUAUGAUGUUAAUAGGUA